UGCCACAAUGAUAUACUACUUUCCAUAAAUGAUCUUAAAAUGUAGUUUAAGCACUGAGUUUUCAUCUAAAACCAUUUUGAAACAAUUUGGGAAUGAUUUUUCUUCCAGUUGAUAUAAUUUAAAUAAGAAUAAUACUAUUAAGUAAAACGUUUAUUAGACUUAAAUCUCGCCUUCUUGUUAUGCAGCGUUUAUUUUUAGCCAUUUUGACAGGCUCGGUCGUAUAUAGGUCAAGUAAACAAAAAAUCAUAAAAAAUACUUUGAACCAGUUUAAGUCACUUUCCAGCACAUGUUUAGUUUAUAAAUACAAAUAAUUACCGGUAAAAAUCAAUUAUUUGAAGUUUCAACCAAGUUUUUUGUUAAAAACAUGCCUUUGAAUAUCGCCCUGCAUUAUCGCAGAAAUGCUGGUGAAUUCCUUGAAAACGAAUAUUGGUUCUGCUAUUUUUAGUUAGAGGAAACCCCCAUAAAGAGGCCUCACACGGGUUAUUUUGUAUUAAAUAUAGCGAUUUAAAGCGCAAUGUCAUACACAUACCCCACUGUCACCCUCUAAAAUAUUUUCCCGGGAAAAUGAAGGGACAUUACUCUAAACUAAAUUCCGAGUAGCCGUUCUUGCUGUCUGGUUCCCGUUUUCAUCGCGCGAUAUUGCUGCGAGACCUAGAACAAGGCGCCAUUUCCGCUUUUGGUUUUCAACGCGGUCGUUUCAACGUUUGCGUCUGCACAAAGCGAACUCAACAGUUUAUCGACAUAGGAUAUGGUCUUAAACUGAACGGCACCACCCAGACAGAGACCCUUUUCACGGGAACGUCCAGCAGGGUCGAGGGGCUGGCGGUCGACUGGAUCUCCAACAACAUCUACUGGGCGGACUCCCUCUACGACUGGAUCAUGAUAGGAUCCAUGUACGACAACCCCGGCUACAAGAUCGUCGUCAGGGACGGGCUAACCGGCCCCAGCGGCGUUGCCGUCCAUCCGGAGAAAGGCUAUCUUUUUUGGACCGACAGCGGAGCUUACUCAAAGAUCGAAGUUUCGGAUCUGUUCGGACAAAACCGUCACGUGAUCGUCGAUACGGACAUUCAGCACCCGCGGGGUAUAACCAUUGAUUUCAAAGACGACACCCUAUUCUGGGUGGACAGAAAGAAGGACACGGUCGAGUGCGCAGGCUUCAACGGAAAUAAUCGAAGAGUUGUCGCUCAUCAGGCGGGAACCAUCUUCUUUGGAAUAGCCGUAUACGACUUAAGAGCAAAUUGUUGCUGCUUUGAUCUAUUUAACAACUAGUGGCCAUGGUCCCUUUCAAUGUAAGGGAAAUUUAAAUUGGAAGUAGCUGCAAAAGUUAACUGUACGCAGAAAUACGUAUUCGUGACUAAGCAGAUGCAGGGUCAUCUCCGCGUGUACGACAAGCUGUCCGGAAACAACGAGAUCAACUACCAACUAGGCUACGUUCCCGACGGAAUUGUAAUGUAUGACGAGACAAGACAGCCGGGAAACACCUCGGCAUGUGAUGCUAAAGGGUGUGCACAGAUCUGCAUUAACGACCCCCUGGCCGGGCCAGUGUGCAGGUGCGGGGAGAAACACCGGCUAGCGGAGGACGGAUUGUCUUGUUUAGUGGAGCCUGGUUUCACUAUUCCCAGUCCCAUGUACGGGAUAGGGGACGCCAUAUGUCAGUAUCCGGUCAAUCUGCCGGACAUGUCGCUGACCAACGUGUCUCUGGAGUCGCAGUGCUUUCAGCAAUGGUACUAGACUGGGAAACUGGGUACCUGUUCUGGACGGAUCGAACCUACAACCACAUCUCGAUGGCCAGAAACGAUGGCAUGUACCCCACUGUCGUCAUUUCCGGUCUGGAUCAGCCAAUGGGAAUCGCCGUA